AUGACCACCUCAGCCUCCAUCGAUCAUCUGCUGUCAGCCUCCAACGGCGCUUCCCCCUACCAUAAUCUCAUUUCUCACAACUCCUCGUCUUUUCUUCAUUCGAUCUCUUUUUCAAAGAAAAAUAAGUCGAUUUCUAGUUUUUCCAACCUUUCAAUAUCUCACAAUAAUGAACCGGACUGUGCGCCACAAAUGCCUGCCAACCCUCGAAGAAGGCUGUUCUUUGGGCUCUCAAUGAAGAAGAGUGAUUCCGACAGCUCUUCGCAAUCAUCAAUCGUUCUCACAGAUUCAAGAGAAAAUGCUCAUCAUGCCCCGGAUAAUGGCAGUUGCUCUACCGUUUCAGAGAUGGAUCCAUCUCAUCACAGAAAGUACUCAGAUCACAGUAUACAUAGUCCUAAGCUUAAUGGUGGUCACAACACCAACCACUAUUCUAUGGUUCAAUUGAGAAAGUUUUUUAAGAGAUCAAGUCGCGACCAUUCCCGUCAUAGCAGGAAAAAUAGUCACACCAGUGUUGGCGACAAUAACGAAACAACCCCCAAGGAAAAUGGAAUAAUUUCUAACAAAGACAUCAUCAAAAAAGAUCCGCUUGAGAACCUUCUACUGAAAUACGGUAAGGUUGGCAAAAUCUUGGGUGCUGGGGCCGGCGGGUCAGUUAGACUUCUUACUAGAGAAAGCGACAAUGUCACCUUCGCGGUGAAAGAAUUUAGAGCAAAGAGACCAAACGAAUCAACUAAAGAGUAUGCUAAAAAAUGUACUGCUGAGUUUUGUAUUGGAUCUACUUUGAACCACCCCAACAUUAUUCACACUUUUGAUAUUAUAAAUGACACAGAGAACUCCCACUACUACGAAAUCAUGGAGUAUUGUCCUAUUGAUUUCUUUGAAGUUGUUAUGAGCGGUAAGAUGAACAGAAAUGAAAUCAAUUGUUGCUUCAAGCAGUUAUCCGAAGGGGUGAAGUAUUUACAUUCCAUUGGUUUGGCCCACCGUGAUUUAAAAUUGGAUAAUUGUGUCUUGACCAAAGAUGGGGUUUUGAAAAUUAUUGACUUUGGCUCCGCCAUUGUAUUCAAAUAUCCAUUUGAUACCAAUAUCGUUAAAUGUCAUGGUAUUGUUGGUUCUGAUCCAUAUUUGGCCCCGGAAGUUUUGGAUACUAAAGAGAAAUAUGAUCCUCGAUUUGUUGAUAUCUGGUCUAUUGCCAUUAUUUAUUGUUGUAUGACCCUUAAAAGAUUCCCUUGGAAAAUUCCUGAGCAGGCUGACAACUCUUUUAAAUUGUAUAGUAUGCCUGAUGAAGAGCCUCAUGAUUAUGUGAAGAGUGCUGCUGACCAUAAGAUCUUGUUGGCUAAAAGAAGGGAAGAAAGGUUGAAGAAAUUGAGAGAAGUUACAGAAGCCAGUCAUAAUGAACCAAGUGAAACUAAGGAGCCAGUCGUUUGUGCCAAUGCUGAUAAAGAAAAAUCGUCAGAAACAACUGGUUCUGCAGCAAAGGAACACAAGUCGACUAGUAGCAGUCCAAGCAAACAGUCUUUAAAUACUUGUGAACAAGUAACCAUCAAAGUUCCUUGUAAUACUAAACCUGCCGAUGACCAGAACUCGAACAACUGCGAUGACAACAAAUCCAACAAAUCCAGUGACUUGAAUAACCUACCUAAUCGUGAUGACUCCACAGAACGACGCAUUAUUGAAACAAAUAAUCCAACAACGGUACCUGUGGUUGUCAACAAAAGCAAAUCUUCAGAAAAGAGGGACAAAGAGCAUUGUCAAGAAAAGAAAGCUGAAGAGUCACAUCAAGCUAAUGCUAAACACGCUGCACACCCAGGUCAUCAUCAACUCAAAGGCCCUUACAGAUUGAUGAGAAUAUUACCUCAUGCUUCCAGACCUUUGAUUUCUAGAAUGUUGGCUAUUGAUGUAACCAAAAGAGCGACCAUGGAGGAUAUUUUUGCUGAUGAAUGGUUCAAGCACAUUACUGGCUGUUCUGCUGACAUAAAGAAUGGUAAAGUGAUUAGUGGAAUUGGGCAUUCCCACACUAUAAUGGAAAAGAAAGAAUGA